CUCCCAACAUUGCCUAAAAAUAAACACUUGCACAAGGUCCAGUGUUGAUACGUUUGUGCUGGUGUGAGGUUUUGUGGUGUCACAGUUACACUUGCUUACUGCUGUUGUGUGAUUUCAUGUGGCAUUCUGGAGUCUUGAGUGUGAUUUGAUGUGUUUAGGGUGUUGUCCCGGUUGGGUACAGACUUGCCAUUUAUAUUUACAGUCCUGUGUGUUCUCUCACAUCUACCUUUUUGCACUACAGGGUUAACGCUGUCAUCGCACUGCAUCACACCACGACUCUUGUCAUCGUUACUGAAAUACCUGAUGUUUAACAGCAUGUCAGCCAGCUUACGGUGACUAAAAGCGUCAAUCCUUAACAGUACAAUGCUUGAAUGAGUAAUGAUGAGUGACAAAUAAAGAUUAAAUACACAAACGAAGCAGAUUCUGGUUAACAUACAUGCAUAAUCAAUCUUUUGUGGAUGUAAAAAUGCUUUUUCUGGCUACUGAUUAGUUAUAUAUAAAGUGGCAGGACACUUUGAAGUACAAGUAAGUAAACAGUGCUUGUGGUUUGGAUGCACAGAGUCCUGUUCAUUGUUGGAAUGUAAUAUAUUAGGGCUCUGACAGAUCCCUCUUUGUGCCUCUCUAUUAUCAGUGUCUGCCAGCUUGUUCUGUCCCAUGAACUCUUGUGCUCCAGCAAGUCUUGUGAAUAAAAAAAAAAAAAAAGCGCUUAGGCUGGCAAACCACGAGGAGGUACAAAGUGAGCUCAACAAUUGCCUCUUUGAGAAUCCCACUUCAGCAUGCAUGAGCUGAUCAACACAGUCAAGGAUUUUGUUUUGAAUGUCUUUGGAUUCUUGGCCUCCUCAGCAAUAACUAUUGACUUUCAUAUAUAUAUAUAUUAUAAUUUUGUGCAGGAACUACGCUGUUUGCAUACAGACAAAUGCUUGGCCUGGUCUCCACAAUGUUUUGAAAAGCACUUUGCAUGACCACUUGUCUUUUUUCACGACCUAUUUGUAAUUCUGCUUUGUACAAUAACAACCAGCGUUUAUUUUCAUGGAAAAAGAAACCACAUGUGUCUGACACGGACAGAGCCACACCUCAUUUGACAGUACAACAUGUGGGUUGCGAUCUUUGCAUCUGGUCUCACAUGGGAGUUUGACUAAAACUGCAGAAAGUCAACGUCAGGAAUAUUGGUUAAGUUAAAGUUUCUCAAACAAAACAAAGUAAAUUAAUAUUUGCCAUCAACUACAUGUAACGUGUGUGUCAAACUGAACCUUUAAAAGCUGGUUAAAAACUUUACAUUUUAAAAAUCAUGCAUUUGAGUUUCAGCACUUCAAGUGAUGAGUUGAAUGACAUCUUACUGAUCAUUAAGGAAACAAGAGACUCAGCAGAUGUAUUACAUUAUUGCCAUUUCAAUAUAUAAUAAUAAUAAUUUGGUUCAGAGACUUCCUUCAAAUAAAAAUCACUCAAAACUGUUACAUAACAUACAUUUGCCACACUGAUGCAUAACACAAGGGAUUAAAAAAGUGACAAAAAUGAUCAUAAAAUGAAUAAAUAAGGUAAAGGAAAUAAGGAUCCCAAAGGGAAUGUUAUUAGCACCGAAUUAUUAUGCCUAUUUUUGUUUAUAUUAAUACAAAAAAAGCGCAGUGUACUGGUUCAAUAAAAAAUAGCAAAAACAAAAAACAGUGUAGUGAUAGUUUCAUAUAUUUAUUUAAAGUGAAGAAGUGAAGGCACAUAAUUUCUUUUUUCUUUACUUUCCUGUGGACAAGGGAGCUUUGCUUGUCGCUAUGGCAACCACAGGUACACAAACAUGGCUGACAAGCAGUGAGGAUGUCAGUUAGCAGCAGUUACAGACUCAAUUUAUAGAUACCGGUGUAUUUAAAUGCAUGUUUUUGCGUCGUGCUAACGCUAUACGUCUGUUGGGACGCUGACUUUAUUAUUUACUUGAAUUUCUUUUGACUUUAGGUGGUCAAAAAGCCACUUCUCGUGAGUUCACCUGUUUAGCAAACAUUUAGCUAAGUUAGCAUUAGCUACGCGACAGCAGCACUGUAUCAGCAAUGUUGGAAGAAGCAGAGACGAGGGAAAAAUUGCAGUUUGACCCGUGUGUGAACAGUCACAGACCCUCGUCAGCAAAGUCACAGGACAUUUCUCAUGUGUUUGCCAGCGUAUUCAAAGACCUUUACACGAAAGACAUCAUUGGAAAAGACACUGUGUCCAACCUCGUCAAGACAAAGAGUGGACGAAGCAGCUAUCAUGACAAAUAUGUUGAGGAGCUUAAGCAGGCUCAUUCUGAAUACGAACGGUGUAUAAAGGAGGCUGACAUGCUGGAGAGACACAUAAUUCAGGCCUCCGCUCAGGCUGCAGCCAUAGAAAGGCAAGAAUAUGAGAAAAUGAAGGAGAAGAUGGGAGAUGUUUGUGAUCUCCCAGGCUUGCUCACAGUUCAAUCAGCCUUUGCCAGGUGUGUAGAUAAUGAUCUUCUCAAAAAGCACAACUUGAUCGCCCCCCAGGACUACUUGCCUACACCAAAACCACAAGAACUAGCAGCAGCAGCAGCAGCAGCAGCAGGAAGAUUAAAUCCUGUCAAACCCACCAACAUCCACGCCACACACAUGUCUGAGGGGCCUCAGGAUGAAGGUUCUGCAACGAUUCCAAGUGCAGAAAAGCCUGUUUUAGAAAUGACUGAGUUAGAUCAUAGCCGAGCCUCUGAAUCCAAUUCAGAUACUACAAAGAGGAAAAAAACUCAGAAGGAGAAGCCAAACCAGACUAAAGCCAGGCCAAAGUGGAAGGGUGAGCCAAGCGCGAAGGAUCGAGCAGAGGGGUGGGAGACACUUCAGAAACUGAAAGAUCGGAGCAAUUUCCUGCGCAAUCCACGCUUCCUUCCCCCAAAUGCACAGCAGGGCGGCAUGUCCCUCAUCCGGGACAGAACUAAAGUGAAAACGGAGCCGGAGAGGAAAUGCCUUGAGCAGCAAAGCCACACUGAGGAUCCUGUCCCAGUCUUCCUAGCAAAACCUUCAGUGGUGGUUUUUACUGACUACAGCGUAGGACAUGUUUAUGAGACUACACUGGAGCUGAAAAACUUGACUUCGUCAAGCCGUCAUGUCCGCGUCAUCCCUCCUACCACUCCUUACUUCUCUAUUGGCCUGGGAAGAUUCCCUGGUGAAGGAGGCGUUGUUGCCCCUGGGAUGAGCUGUAAGUACACAUUACGCUUUGCUCCGGACUCACUUGCAGACUACAAGGAUUUUAUAAUGGUGGAGAGCCAGGCUCAGCACCAGCUUUUGGUGCCCAUUGAGGCAUGGCGACCUCCUCCUAUCCUCACCUUACCAAGAGUUCUAGACUGUGGCUAUUGUCUGGUUGGAGGAGUUAAGUUUGUUGAGUUUCUGUGCCAAAAUGUUGGUCUCAGCACUGGGACGUUUUGCAUCAUCCCCAAGAACCAGUGGCCAGCUUCGAAUCUCAGGUCUGUGGCCAAAACAUCCUUUUCUGAGCAGCCACCCUUUGCAGUUAGUCCCUCCCUUUUUGUGCUGCAGCCAGGUGAAGUCACUGUAAUGGAGGUGGUUUUCUUUCCCACCACGGAAGAGAAGAGCUGUCAGGUUUUCACUGUUGUGUGUGACAACUGCCAGGUCAAAGACAUUUCCAUUGAAGGUGAAGGUAAACUGAUUGCCCUUGAGCUGCUGUCUGUAUCUGGGGAGACGGAACCUCUUGUAGUUGGAGAGGUGCACGACCUCACUGCAGAGCACUUUGUUCGUUUCAGUCCAUGUAACCCUCACUCCAUGCAGCAGAAGAAGGUGGUCAUCAGAAACAAUGUCCACUUGGAGUUCCCUUUCCACUGGCAGGUCAUGAAGCCCAACCUGCACCCUCUGCUUCCAGGGGAAACCCCAGAAUCCUCCCAUAUCCAGCUCCACCGCGCUGCAGACGGUGUUUUCAGUGUCAGCCCCGUAACAGGCCUUCUAGCUCCCUGUGAGGAUCAAGAGUUUCUGCUCACCUUCUGUCCUACAGAGUUGAAGGAUUACCACAGUGUCUUUCACCUGGUCCUGAGGGAUGUUCACCAGCUGCCACCAGAGUCCAGUGACAGCAGUGUCCUUCAGCCUGUGCAGACUGGCUCCAAGGUGAACAGUGUCAUCGCCAUGGAGAUAGAGGUCAAGGGGUCAACAGAGCCAUACCAGGUCCUGCUGGAGCCCUACGCUGUUGUCAUUCAUGGAGAGAUUAUGACUCACACCCCCACUCGCAGGCAGUUCAAGAUGUGGAACCACAGCAAAACCUUCAUCUUGUUUCGAUGGGAAAGGAUUAACAGCAGCAGCCACAUCAUAGAAGUAGAGCCAUCUGCUGGCAGAAUAGAGGAAAACGAGUGUUUUGAUUUCGAUCUUAUUGUGACUGGAGGGAAACCAGGGAGAGUUGUGACUAGUUUGAUUUGCUACGUACAACACCAUGAUGAGCCUGUGACUUUGGCAGUAGAAGUCUCCUUCAAAGGUCCCACAGUUACUCUCAGCGUUCCCAGUGUGGACUUUGGGCUCAUCAGGUUCGGGGAGCAGACUCAAUCCACCCUGAUCCUCACCAACACCACCCUGCUGGAGGCUUCCUGGACCCUGGACGAGAGGCUUAAUAAUCAGCAGGAACACCAAGACACACAGAUCUUAGUGGAGCCAUGCAGAGGUGUGCUCCCCCCCUUGGCUUCCUGCAAUGUGGAUGUGUUCUUUAGGCCACAUUUCUGCCAGCAAUUUAAAACAGAGCUGGAGCUGAGUGUGGAGAAUGGAACAGGAUGUCACCUGCUGGUGCGAGCAGAUGUGCAGUCUCCCCAGGUGUGUCUGCUAAACUGCAAGCUGGUCCUCUCUGAACUUUACAUCGGAGUUCCCACCAAGGGUACCGUAACACUUUUCAACCAAACUCUGCUGCCAUCACACUUCAGCUGGAUGACCCAGCUCCAGGGAGAACAAGCUUCACUGUGUACUGCCAGCUUUGACCCCUCCUCUGGUAUUCUGGGACCUAAUGCCACCACGGAGAUCACAGUUGAUUUUACCUCUCACACAGAUCUGGAGCUGACUGAAGUGACUGCUCUUUGUGAGGUCCAGGGGAUGAACUCUCCUCUUGUUGUUGCUAUUGCAGCUUCUAAACCUAAGAAACUCAGUGUGUCCUACUCACUGCCUGGUGUCAGGUCCUCCUCAGGAAGCCAUUCAACCGUGGUGCUUGACUUUGGAGAUGAUGUCAUUUUGAAGAGAGCUGUUACCAAGCAGUUAAUGAUAACUAAUCAAACUGCGAUCCCUGCCCCUUUCACCAUAGAGGUAGAAUACUUCACCUGCCAUGCCUCAAAGUCAAAUUACCAGUCAGAGAAAAGACUCGCGUACGUCAAGAAUCCUCUUCACUGUGUUCAAGCUAAGAAAGUGGAAGAAAAAGCACAUGAGGAGUUUGUGAGUAGCCUGCUGGCUCAUGGAAAGGGGGCAGCUUUCUUUGUCCUGCCAGACACGGGGACGCUGGGACCAUUGGAGACCCAGACUGUGGACGUGACUGCCUACAGCGACAUGUGGGGGGAAUACAGAGAUCACCUCAUAUGCAGAGUGGGGGAGCUUGAGCCUAUGCAUAUUCCCAUGCAGAUGACAGUGAAAGGCUGUCCACUGUAUUUCCAGAUGACAGGUCCACAAGCAGAUAACCAGCAUCAGGGACCAACCAUACGGUUUGGCACUCACAUAUCUGGAGGUGACACAGUGUCUCGCUCUCUUCGCAUCAACAAUCCCAGCAUGUUCGAUAUUCGCAUUGACUGGGAGAUUUACAACAUAGAUCAGAAUGACCGUAAACUGGUGGAUCUUGUCGUGACAUAUGGAGACGCCUUCCCGAUUAAAGAUGCUGAUGGCAAUGAGUUGCUGAGUGGGGCGUUAAGGCUUUCUGAUGGGAACAUUCAAACAGUCUGGGAGAGGGGUGAAACCCGUGGCUCGGAGGGAACAAGCUCAUCUCUCCAAAGCGUGACUGAUGUGGAAGAGGAGGAAGUUUUACCAGAGGAUGAUCGUGAGGAAGAAGAGGAAACUUGUCUUUAUCCGUUUCCUGAGAAGAAAAAACUCAUCUCUGUGCACAUCAGACCUCAUAUGGGCAACCUCUCAGAUUACCCCUACUGCAUCACACCACAACAGAUAGUGAUUCCAGCUAAGGGCAGUGGAACUAUCCAUGUAUCCUUCACCCCUCUGACUCUUUCUGAGUCAGCUUGUGAGUCCAGAUGUGUGGGUUUGGCUGUGGGUUUCAUGAGCCUCGACUCUCAGAUGGCUGCCUGUGUCCCGGGUAGAGUUGGAAGGGCUCAAGGUUUAGAUUUAGAGCCCGUCAGAAUGGAUCUACUUGCAGCCGUGAAACCUGCAGUGCUGUUAGUGCAGAUGGAGGAGGACGACGGGGUGCUGGAGUUUCAUGCCUCGGCCGGUGAUUUACUGAGGGCACAAUCAGACAAGGAGGUAGUACUGCGGGAGUUCGACAUCACACAGACGUUUAAGCUGACAAACACCUCAGAGAUCCCCCUACACUUCAGACUCAAGACUCAGCCUCCAUUUUUCGUGCUCAAGUCGCAACCUCGAGCCCGAACCAGCACCUCCAACAACCCUCCUACUGGGGAAAAUCAAUCUCUAGUGCUUCAGCCUCAACACAGCAUGCGGGUGAAAGUGGCCUUUCACUGUUCUUCAUCCCUUCUGGACCAUUUGGACCAGACAGAUGAGGAAACCCCUCCUGGUGCGAUGCUGAUCCACAGUGCAAAAGGGCAAAGGAAGCUGAGAUUUGAACAAAACCUUCUGAUCCACUACAGCAACAGCGGCCGCCAGACAGUGCCUCUCCGUGCAAAUCUGGAACUUUGUACACUGCGUCUGUCCACUGACAGCAUCAACUUUGGGCUCUGCUACGUGGGGCAGACACAAACCAGAGAAGUGAACCUCUACUGCCAUGGAGCUCACACCUACUGGAAAUCACUUAUCAGAGACUCCAGUGUGUUCAGAGUUACACCAGACUUUGGGUUGCUCAGAUCCAAGGAGCUCAAUGCUGCCCGCUGCAGCCAGAGUCUUCAGAUCAGCUUCACUCCCAGUGAGGGCAAAGAGUUCAGGGCCCUGGUGGUUGUCCAGUCUCCUCUGGUGAAGUCUCCCCUCAUUCUGCAGCUCCAGGGAAAAGGAUCCUUUGAUGAGGUGCACAGGACAAGUUGCAAGUCUUUAUAACAUCACAAUCACUAGCUGCUUUUUAUCAGCUCGCCUUAAAUCUUUACAGACUUUCGUCUGUAAGAAUGUAAAUAAAUAUAAAGAACAACUCGUCAGGUGUCAUUUAAUUACAUACAACAGUAUUUAACAGUUUUGGUGAUCAUAAAAUUAAGUUUUUACUGAUUUCCCAUCAAGACAUUUUGUAAUGUGAAGCUACACCUAAAGACCUAAAGACACUUAACAUACAUUAGAUGCUCCUAAAGUCUUGAUUAAAUUGCCUUUGCUCAAACUUCACGUUUACAUACCAAUCAGUGAUUUAUGCGGUUAAAUGUGAAUUUGAGUUGAUUUGACACAUGAAACUGAAGACAUUUAAUCACCCGCUUUUUUUACUUGUAUAUUACAUAGAGGCAUUGCAACUUGUGGUGAACGAAGGGAGAUUCCGAGGAAAAUCAGUGUUUAAACGUUAAGUCAUCCAGUUAUCUCGUGCAGCAGCAACUCUCAUUUCGGUCUGAGUGGACAUGCGUCCCAUGCAAUAUGCCUGAGAAACAAUUUUCAAAUAAAAAAACACCAAAGUAGGAUGAUAGGAAAGCUUGCCUGAGCAUUAAAUUCUGCAUUUUUCUGGUAGAUUUUUUCAAAUUAGUCUUAAACGUUCAAAUAAGUGUUAACUGUUCGCAAAAACCUUCUCCUUUAUGUUUAGAUACUGGGAAUUGCAGCUUUGCCCACAGUGUGCUGAGUAAGAAAUCUACCAUUUACUGUAAUCAUUCUUGAUCUCCAGUAUUUUUAGGGUUUCCUGUGGUUUUGAGUUGUGCUCCAACAAGUCAAUUUUAGCUGCAGUUUCCCCCUUGAGCGAUUAACUGAUUUUUCCAGAAGACCCUUUAGCAAAGAUUAAAAAAUAAUGUCUUGAAAGAUAAAUAUGCAACCAUGUUUAACAGCACAUACACCUUAGCAGCUUGUUCCAGCGCUGCGGGGAAAGUAAAGGUUUUUUACCCAAAACAUGAUGAGAACUCCCACAGUUUCAGAGCUCCUGGGACUCAGUAAACAAAGGGCUCAUGUCAGAUCUGUAACCUUUGGGCACCUCUCACUUGGCUGGAAGUCACUGUGACAGAAUUUAUUGGUGUGAACUGGGGAUUGAAGAUUCAUGUAUCGCUACUAAAGAAAUAGCUGCUGUAAAACACAUACAAACAUACUGGAAUUCACUAACAGAUCAAUAAUUCAUGCUUCAAAUAAACAUAAAAUCGAUUGAAGGUGGUGUGAAGCAAUGUUGCUCCUUGAAACAUAGCAACAGACCAAACAUUAUUUUCUUAUAAAAGAAAAUAUCUGAACCCUUGACCCCUAUGAAGGUCAUCUGCAGGGUCUGUUAUACUGUUGUGGGUAUUCUGCUGGCAUGGUUUGGGUUCACUUGUCACCUUAGAGCAGGGGUGUCAAACAUGCGGAUGACUUUACAAAGUGUAAAAAUUACAGAGAAGACAUUAACUGCAAAUUUGUAAAAUUAGAAAUUUAAAAUAAUUUCUAGACUAUGACAAGUUAUUUUGAUCAUAAAAUAAAAUACUAUAUUGCUCAUU